ACUUCUGCAAAAAUUAGUUUCAAAUGACUUCAUCUAGUUUUAACUUCAGAUAGUUAUGUUAUUAUAAAAAAGAAGGAAAACAGAUUCUGUCUCUUCUAGGCCCGUCAUUUAACAAUAACAUAAUUGGAAAAGUAUCCUUGGCCUGUCUCUCCUCUUCCCCCAGGAUGGUGUAGGUCCCCCAUAUUCUUACUGAGAUAUACAGCAGACUUAUUCAUUCUUUCCAAGAAGUUUUCAAAACAGCAGACAGCUGUGAACACUUGAUCCAUGUUUGGCUUGGAAUUCAGCAUGUGAACCUCUCUGCCUAGGCAGUCACUCCCUAGACCAGAGGGCUGUUACUUCAGAAUGGUGUUGUGAAAUGAGGUGAUGCUGCUUUGUGACCAACCUAAGUGUGAGGUGUUAGCCAUCUGGAUGGACAGGAGAUGUGUCACUGAGAUGUGAGGGCUUCGCUUUCUCAAACACUGGGGACUUGAUUUGUAAGACUCCAGGGCCUUCUAGCCGUGAAUAAUCUGAUGGUUCCUGAAGUGACUAGGCAAACAGAUGCUUCUCGUGCCAGUUGAAGAAUGUGUGUCUAUGUAUAUUUAAAACCUUCUUUCUAUACAUACACAUUUACACGGGAAGACAGGCUCAUUCUUGUGUACACUUGAGAGUUUUACAACUGAUGAAAAUUAAUUUAAGAAUCACAUUGAGCAACUCGACACCACUGGGCUCAGGAGCCUGGGGAGAAAACUACAUCACUUGUGGCCAGUUUUCCAUAUGGUCUUCACGGGUAAAGAAAGUCUGCAAAAAGAAGAAAAAAAUUUGCACAGAUUAAGCCUCAAAAAUACCUCUCCAGUUCAAAGAAGGAACGAAGUGAGAAGGUGACUGAGAAAGAAGCGUGAUUUGAAACGUUGCAGUGUGAUUGUGCAGUGCUUUCUGCACUUUUGUUUUACAGUUGGUUUGGUAAUUUGGACAGACUUUAAAAUUCUGGACUGAAAAGUAACUCUUACGGUGGUUAUGGCUGGAGGAAAGUAAGUUCAGGUGUGAUGGACAAGUUUGAACAAUGAACUGAUUCCUUUGCUUAUUUUAGUUAACUGUAUUCAAGAAAUUUUAAUUUAUUAUUUCCAAUUUCCUCUCCUGCAUCUAUAGGAUAAUAUCUUAAAAGACCAAUUGAAACAGAUAACUACAAAAUAAAUAUCAAGGAAAAUCCAAGCAAAGCUUCCUUUUCCCUGGACUACAGGUGUGGUGUUUGGAGACGGUCUCUGAAUGUGCACACAGGAAAGCACCCGCCGGCAACACACGAUCACUCUCCAGGGAAAUAGUGAGGGGAGAAUCUGACUCUGGCUUGUGUUUUUGUUUUAAGAGAUUAUUUUCCCUGUUGAGUCCAAGAAGACUUGCCCAUGAGAGAAAGAUUACUUGAUGGACUUAAUUCUGAGAUUAGUUUUUUUCAUCAAGAUGAAAAAAUACUGAUCUUUAGGACAAAAAAGGGGAAAAAUAAUUAGGGGAGUGAGGAAGGAGACAGGCGGAAGAAACAGAAACCUGCAGCGUGGCUGUGUUUUGUCAGCAAGAGGCUUUAGGACUCACCCACGGCAAAUGCUGGGACCACUUUAAGAGCCUCAGAGCAUCCUGCCUCUGUUGAGUGAAGGGCCUUUCUUUCCAGCCUCUAUGGCACUGAGGGGUGCUUCGGCUGGCGGAGGAGUGGUCCGAUGGAGCCCUGCGUUCCCCGGGGACACAGGGCCAUGCUCUGAGGUGGGGUGCUUCUGGUUCUGAACAGCAGAGAAAGUCUUUUUUUCUUCUUAAAAAUUGGACUGUUGUCUGCACAAACUCUGGUCUGUUUUGCACGGUUUGUGUGCCUUUUUUUCCCUUUAUGCAAUCUUUUUCAGCUUUAGCAGCAGAAAUUUGUCUAGUUCAGAAAACAUAUUAGAGGGUGGCUUCAGAAGAAAGAUGAUCUUGUGUGUUCUGUAUCUGCAUCCAAACUUUUGAGGAAGAAAUUCCAGCUAGAGGGAUUCUUAAAGCCUUAAGUUACUUGAAAUCUAUGUAUUUGCAACCCUUUGUCUCUGGAAUCACAUUACACUAAACUGGAAUCUCAGGCUGAAUGAGAAUAACCAAGUUGAAUAAAAAGAAGAAAACUCUGUUUCCUGAUCACCACUUACUAACGAUGCUCUUUCCCCAAAGGAUCAGCACGUUCUUCCUCUAAGGACUUGAAAAUAAAAAUGGACCCCAUUUUUUUAAGCAUUACCUUUUCUUAGCAGACUGCCAUCCAUCUUUUAUAGAGGAAUUUUUUCACUAUGCAUUUGGUGGAUCUUUAUAAAACACUGACCUUCUAAUUAGAUUCAGGUCAGUCUUAAUUAAAGGGGGAAAAAAGCAACGCAAGGCAACCACAAAAAUAAAAUAAAUAAACCAAUGAAAGAAAUUGGUUGAAAUAUCUCAGCAUUGAGCAUUACUUUUUAAGCAAAACAGUUCAUUGAGAAAAAGUAUGUAUGCAGCGGUGGAACAUGGGCCUGUGCUUUGCAGCGACUCCAACAUCCUCUGUCUGUCCUGGAAAGGGCGCGUCCCCAAGAGCGAGAAGGAGAAGCCAGUGUGCAGGAGACGCUACUACGAGGAAGGCUGGCUGGCCACAGGCAAUGGGCGCGGAGUGGUCGGGGUGACUUUCACCUCCAGCCACUGCCGCAGGGACAGGAGUACUCCACAGAGAAUAAACUUCAACCUGAGGGGCCACAAUAGUGAGGUUGUGCUGGUGAGGUGGAAUGAGCCAUACCAGAAACUGGCCACAUGUGAUGCUGACGGAGGAAUAUUUGUGUGGAUUCAGUACGAAGGCAGGUGGUCUGUGGAACUGGUCAACGACCGAGGGGCUCAGGUGAGUGAUUUCACGUGGAGCCACGACGGGACCCAAGCACUUAUUUCAUACCGAGAUGGGUUUGUCCUGGUCGGCUCUGUCAGUGGACAAAGACACUGGUCAUCUGAGAUCAACUUGGAAAGUCAAAUCACAUGUGGCAUAUGGACUCCUGAUGAUCAACAGGUGCUGUUUGGCACUGCCGACGGGCAGGUGAUCGUCAUGGACUGCCACGGCAGGAUGCUGGCCCACGUCCUCCUGCAUGAGUCCGAUGGCGUCCUGGGCAUGUCCUGGAACUACCCCAUCUUCCUGGUGGAGGACAGCAGCGAGAGCGACACGGACUCGGACGACUACGCUCCUCCCCAAGAUGGCCCAGCAGCAUACCCCAUCCCGGUGCAGAACAUCAAGCCUCUGCUCACCGUCAGCUUCACCUCGGGAGACAUCAGCUUAAUGAACAACUAUGAUGACUUGUCGCCCACUGUCAUCCGCUCAGGGCUGAAAGAGGUUGUGGCCCAGUGGUGCACACAGGGGGACUUACUGGCAGUCGCUGGGAUGGAACGGCAGGCCCAGCUUGGUGAGCUUGCCAAUGGUCCGCUUCUGAAGAGUGCCAUGGUCAAGUUCUACAACGUUCGUGGGGAGCACAUCUUCACACUGGACACACUUGUGCAGCGCCCCAUCAUCUCCAUCUGCUGGGGCCACCGGGACUCACGGCUGCUGAUGGCAUCAGGACCGGCCCUGUACGUGGUACGUGUGGAACACCGGGUGUCCAGCCUGCAGCUGCUGUGCCAGCAGGCCAUCGCCAGCACCCUGCGGGAGGACAAGGACGUCAGCAAGUUGGCCCUGCCCCCCCGCCUCUGUUCCUACCUCUCCACCGCCUUCAUCCCCACCAUCAAGCCCCCAAUUCCAGACCCCAACAACAUGCGAGACUUUGUCAGCUACCCCUCGGCUGGCAACGAGCGGCUGCACUGCACCAUGAAGCGCACAGAGGACGACCCGGAGGUGGGCGGCCCGUGCUACACACUCUACCUGGAGUACCUGGGGGGGCUCGUGCCCAUCCUCAAGGGGCGGCGCAUCAGCAAGCUGCGGCCAGAGUUUGUCAUCAUGGACCCGCGGACAGAUAGCAAAUCAGAUGAAAUCUAUGGGAAUAGCUUGAUUUCCACUGUGAUCGACAGCUGCAACUGCUCAGACUCCAGUGACAUCGAGCUGAGUGACGACUGGGCUGCCAAGAAAUCUCCCAAAAUCUCCAGAGCUAGCAAAUCACCCAAACUCCCAAGGAUCAGCAUUGAGGCCCGCAAGUCUCCCAAGCUGCCCCGGGCUGCCCCGGAGAUCUCCCGGUCUCCUCGGCUGCCCAUGCGCAAGCCCUCCAUCGGCUCACCCAGCCUGACGCGGAGAGAGUUUCCUUUUGAAGACAUCACUCAGCACAACUAUCUUGCUCAGGUCACGUCUAACAUCUGGGGAACCAAAUUUAAGAUUGUGGGCUUGGCCGCCUUCCUGCCAACCAACCUCGGUGCAGUAAUCUAUAAAACCAGCCUCCUGCAUCUCCAGCCGCGGCAGAUGACCAUUUAUCUCCCAGAAGUUCGGAAGAUUUCCAUGGACUAUAUUAAUUUACCUGUCUUCAACCCAAAUGUUUUCAGUGAAGAUGAAGAUGAUUUACCAGUGACCGGAGCAUCUGGUGUCCCCGAGAGCAACCCACCUUGCACCGUGAACAUCCCUAUCGCACCGAUCCACAGCUCAGCUCAGGCUAUGUCCCCCACGCAGAGCAUAGGGCUUGUGCAGUCCCUACUGGCCAAUCAAAAUGUGCAGCUGGAUGUCCUGACCAACCAGACGACAGCCGUGGGGGCAGCAGAGCAUGCAGGUGACAGUGCCACCCAGUACCCAGUUUCCAGCCGGUACUGCAAUCCUGGCCAGGUGAUUUUUGGAGGCGUGGAAAUGGGCCGCAUUGUUCCAAACCCCCCUCACCUGUCCCUGCCGCCACCACCACCACCGGGGCCCGUGCAGAUGCCCACAGUGAGCCACGGAGACCGAGACCAUGAGCACUUGCCAAAGUCAGCCAAGACCCUGAGGCCAGCGCCACAGCUGGCAGCUGAAGGGGAUGCCGUGGCCUUUAGUGCCCCCCAGGAGGUCCAGGUGACAAAGAUGAACCCUCCGCCCCCGUACCCAGGAACCAUCCCUGCUGCCCCCACCACAGCAGCGCCCCCACCCCCUCUGCCGCCACCACAGCCUCCCGUGGACGUGUGCUUGAAGAAGAGCGACUUCUCCCUGUACCCCACGUCAGUGCAUUACCAGACCCCUCUGGGCUACGAGAGGAUCACCACCUUUGACAGCAGCGGCAACGUGGAGGAGGUGUGCCGGCCCCGCGCCCGGGUGCUGUGUUCCCAGAGCACCUACACCCUGCCUGGCCCGGGCAGCUCAGCCACCUUGAGGCUCACAGCCACCGAGAAGAAGAUCCCUCAGCCCUGCACCAGUGCCACCCUGAACCGCCUGACCGUCCCUCGCUACUCCAUCCCCACAGGGGACCCGCCCCCAUAUCCUGAAAUUGCCAGCCAGCUGGCCCAGGGGCGGGCUGCGGUCCAGAGACCCGACAGCAGCCUUAUCCACGCCACCCUGCGGAGGAACAACCGAGAGGCUGCGCUCAAGAUGGCCCAGCUGGCCGACAGCCCGAGACCCCCCCUGCAGCCCCCCGCCAAGCCCAAGGGCGGGCCCGUGGGGGUGGUGGCGCAGCUCCCAGCUCGGCCCCCGCCUGCCCUGUACACUUGCAGCCAGUGCAGCAACGCAGGCCCGGGCUCGCAAGCCAGUGCGGCGCUGGCGCAUGCCGUCAGCGCCUCCCCCCUGGCUUCCCAGUCCUCCUACAGCCUCCUGAGUCCCCCGGACAGCUCCCGCGACCGCACCGACUACGUCAACUCGGCCUUCACGGAGGACGAGGCCUUGGCCCAGCACUGUCCACUUGAGAAGCCCCUGAGGCACCCCCCACUGCCUGAAGCUGCUGUCACCUUGAAACGACCACCCCCUUACCAGUGGGACCCUGUGCUGGGUGAGGACAUUUGGGUUCCUCAGGAAAGGACAGCACAGACUGUAGUGCCCAACCCCUUAAAACUGUCUCCUCUGAUGCUAGGUCAGGGCCAGCACCUGGACGUGUCCCGAGUGCCCUUCGUCUCCCCCAAGUCCCCUGCCAGCCCCACUGCCACUUUCCAAACAGGCUAUGGGAUGGGAGUGCCAUAUCCAGGAAGCUAUAACAACCCCCCUCUGCCUGGAGCGCAGGUUCCCUGCUCUCCCAAAGAUGCCCUGUCCCCACCACCAUUUGCACAACAGGAGCCUGCUGUCGUCCUCCAGCCCGUGUACCCGCCCAGCCUCUCCUAUUGCACCUUGCCCCCCAUGUACCCGGGAAGCAGCACGUGCUCCAGUUUACAGCUGCCACCUGUCGCCUUGCACCCGUGGAGUUCCUACAGCGCUUGCCCGCCUGUGCAGAACCCCCAGAGCACCCUGCCCCCCAAGCCACACUUGGUGGUAGAGAAGCCCCUUGUGUCCCCGCCACCCCCAGACCUCCAAAGCCACAUGGGCACAGAAGUGAUGGUAGAGACCACCGACAACUUCCAGGAAGUCCUCUCUCUGACAGAAAGCCCAGUCCCUCAGCGGACAGAAAAAUUUGGAAAGAAGAACCGGAAGCGCCUGGACAGCCGUGCAGAGGAAGGAAACGUUCAGGCCAUCACUGAGGGCAAAGUGAAGAAGGAGUCCAGGACUUUGAGUGACUUUAAUUCCCUUAUUUCUAGCCCCCGCCUGGGGAGAGAGAAGAAGAAGGUGAAAAGUCAGAAAGACCAGCUGAAGUCAAAGAAGUUGAAUAAGACGAACGAGUUCCAGGACAGCUCCGAGAGCGAGCCCGAGCUGUUCAUCAGCGGGGAUGAGCUGAUGAACCAGAGCCAGGGCAGCAAGAAGGGCUGGAAGAACAAGAGGACGCCCCGGGCCGCCAGCGAGCUGGAGGAGUCGCGGUGCCGGCGCGCCAGCGAGAAGGAGGACGGGCGGCUGGGCAGCCAGGGCUUCGUGUACGUGAUGGCCAACAAGCAGCCCCUGUGGAACGAGGCCACCCAGGUGUACCAGCUGGACUUCGGAGGGCGGGUGACCCAGGAGUCGGCCAAGAACUUCCAGAUCGAGUUGGAGGGGCGGCAGGUGAUGCAGUUUGGACGGAUUGACGGCAACGCCUACAUCCUAGACUUCCAGGCCCCCUUCUCAGCCGUGCAGGCCUUCGCAGUUGCCCUGGCCAACGUGACGCAGCGCCUCAAGUGAAGAGCCUGGCGUGGGAGGAGAGGAGGGCAGAGGCCCGAUUGGAGACGUCAGAGCGCCCGCACAGGCCCGGGAGCCGGGGGACCAGAAGACUGCAGCGAAGCUGGAAGGGCCUGUCAUGUCCAAGGAGAGAGAGGGCACUGACCUUCCGCUGUCUUAUUUGGGCUUCAUUAAACUUCAUGUCUUUCUUUCCUUAUGCGGUAGAGUGGCAUUUGGAAGCAAAGGUUGCAAGGCACCUGGUGUUCUUUCAGGAAAUGCAGCUUGGCUGUGGUGACAUUCUGCUGUGUUUGCUUAUGUCAGUGACCGCGACAAGGGCCCUUCGGAACGAAGACAGACCGCCUUACAGCCUGCCGUGCUUUCAGACAGAGGGCGCACGCGUCAUUGUGCUCCUCCACGACACCUAGCCUUUAUUACUGCUCCAUCACCACUAGGGUAAAAACAAAACAUUUCUAAACAACACAACCAAAAAUCCUGAAGGUACAGGUUCUCUUGGGGAAGGGGAGGGACAGCAUUGUAUUCACACAUACUGUGUUAUUCCCCAGAAAGUGACUUGAUUAGCAAAGGGUAUGUGAGCGAAUGCGCUGUGUUUGACUAAUAAAAGUAGGCUCUCUACAGGGGUGCUGUCACUAGGUAUAAAUGUGAUGUGCUCGUUGGUGACAUUGGGGAAGGGAUGACGAGCGAGGAGGGAGCGGCACAGAGGGGCAGGCUCACACACAAGGACAGCUGGGCGACUGACUGUGGGACACAGUAGUACAAGGGCUACGCUCCUCAUCUGAGGGUGUUUAUGUCGAAGGACACCACUGGUUUCAUCGUUUGUCCAAGUUCCGUAGAUCAGCAAUGAUCACUCAGUGUGAUUGAACGAUCAGUGAAUGAUCAGACAGUGCAGUGCUGAGUCACUGGCCGAGAAACAGCCUCUAUUCUCUCUGCCCCUUUUGUAUUUUAAUCUGGAACAUGUUACUGUAAACAUCUUUCCCAUUAGGUAUCACUGUUCUACACUUUCUCUUUUUGAAAGUAUGGACAAGAGUUGAUUUGAAACCACUCCUUUCCUCUUCUUGGCUACAUUAAAAUUCAGUUGACUAGAAUUGUUUUCUAUCAGAUUAAAACUGUAACCAAAAGAUUUUUAAGUAUUGUGCCAGGGUAUUAAAAGAUAGGGUAUGGUCCAAUCUUUAACAAAAGUUUCAUGAUCUCUAAGGGAAAAAAAGAAGUUGUUUAUUAACCAUACAGAGUGUUUACUGAGGAGAGAAAACGUUAACGUUAUAACACUUCAGGUAGCUGGUGGACCACACUUUAAUUGCAAGAAGAAAAGUCUACCUAGUGUCUUGUUCCCGCUACCCCUCCUGAGAACACUGGGCCAUAUUCCAGCCCUGACAAGGCCUGUGGCUGUUUCAGUUAUUCAUUCUUGUGGUGUUUAGGGCAGGGCCAAAAAGGAGUUAUCUCCUGGCUUUGGGUCCUGAAUUUGGAUUUUAUUUGAAAACAGACAAGUGGAAAAUACCACAAAAGGUAUUUUCAAAUUUAAAAGUUUUGUUAAUUCCCUGUUUUUGUUUAAAAAUUAUAAAAGAAACUGGGCCAUUUCUUUCCUAGAGCAAGGUGACAUUACUCACCAUUCUCUCUGAACCCCAAAGAAAUACCAACCAUGUUUUUAAAUAUGGUGACAGAUAUCUCCCAGCUAACACUUGAGUUUCUCAUUUUGUAUUUAAAAGUAUCGGGCCUGGUUUUUUAGUGGGUACAUUCUUCCAGAAAGCGUUUAGCAGUGUAUUUAGAAUUAUCUAGUUCUUUUAUGUGAGUUUCUGUUGCUUGUUACGGUGUCUCAGUGCUUAUUAUUAGUUGUGCAAUAAUAGUUAUAGCCUAUUUCUAAAAUAAUUUAAAUGCAAUUCUCCUGUUUUAUUGUCUAUGAGGUAAUUAUUUAUCUUGCUUUUCAUAGGGUUCUUAGGAAUUAUUUUGUUACUAUGUAUUAGUGAGUUAUGCUCAUUUUAUUAUUUAUUUAGAAAAAUAGUAUCUUUGUAAUAACUUACUUGGUAGCAGUAUAUUUUGCUGCAAGAAAUAAAGAGGAUAUGAUAGCAAGAUUUUUUUGCUGGACGAUUUGUAACUUUUUCUAAUUGGGAAAAAAAAUCCUAUUUGUUUAAAAAUAAUUUUUUUUUAUAUUUUGUAAUAUUGAUUAUAUAUGAAGAAUAUUUCUUUGAGAUAACAUAUCCUAAAAUAAUAUGUUCCCUUCUUUUGAAUAUUUUAUUUUUAGUUAAAAAUAAAGGUUGAUAUGAAAUGAGGAAGGGAGACCUAUUAGGAUGAGAGUAGCAAAGGAAGGAACUAGUAAUAAGUUUCACUUUUUAAAUUCUGAUUGGUUUGUGAGAUAUAAAGACUACAAAAGCUUAUAUUUUAGAACUUUUCUUAAUGAGAGCAGACAUAAGGGGAAGACCUUGGAAUGAAACCACAAAUACAUGUAAGAAGAAAAAGUGGAUAUUUGUAGCAAAUAAUUAACUUUCUAAAUUCUUAGCUUACUCCCCAAGGCAUUUUGCGCACACGGAGACACGGGCUUCCUGCCUCGCUGUGUGGCAGCCCCACUGUUGUGGCAGCCCCACUGUGUGGCAGCCCCGCUGUGUGGCAGGCCCGCUGUGUGGCAGCCCCGCUGUGUGGCAGCCCCGCGGUGCACAGUAGCGCCUGUGUCUGCUUUGCUGCCAGGGCCCAAAGGAGGAGUCACUCUCACUCACCAAAUCAGACUUCAGCUGACGGCCCUGCAAGUUGUCACAUGGUGUCUUUUAAGUUAAUGGCAGUUUUACUUAUUUAAAAAAAAAAAUGCUUCCAUUCAAUCUCUGUUGGUUAAAGUUAGUACUUUAAACAGAAUUCUAAGCACUUCAUGUUUAUUAGUAGCAAUUUAUAAAUAUCAAGAUACCUCAUCGAAUCCCUAAAUUUAAAAAUACUAUUCCAGUAAAAAGCCAACUACAAAAAGAAUUCAUGACUUUUUGAGGGAAGCAGUGUAUUAACAAACAUAAAACCCAGUUUUGAAUUUAUCUCUAACCAUCCAACCAAAGGCACGUUUGUGUACAGUAUAUACCCAUUGAAUGUACGGACCGAGAAAAACUGGGGCCAAAGAAGCAGGACGCUCUCUAAGCUCUAGUGCAGUGUAAGUCAAAGGACUCACACAGGUUGUGUUUUCCUCCGUAGCCGUUGUUCCCACAUCAGCUGUCCUGCAAGGGCUUGUAAAAACAUGCCAUGCUUGUCUUGUAAUCACAGCAGAAAGUUAGGAGACUCCCGGGGUCAAGCCUGCUCUGCCACAAAGCUGAGGGUGACCUUGGGCAAGUCCCUGGGGCUGGCCAGACUUCCAUUUGUCUGUCUGUACGAUGAAAGAAACAGCCUGGACAAUCUUCUAAACUCCCUUCCAGCUAUAACAGCCUCAGAGCUCAGAAUGGAGCAGUUUCAUCAUUCCACUUUGCAAAUGUGGAAAGUAUGUUUCAAAACAUUGCCUUUGUGUAGACAUGUAUUUCUUUUCCUGUGUUAAUGAGCUAUCUACUGAAUAUAAACCAGUGCAUUUAAAAUAAUAUCUUUAAAAAGUUCACUUCUAAAUGCAUUUGGAAUCAUGUCCUCACAGAAUUGCACCAAAGCACUGAUUCCAGGUAAGAUAGGAGCGUCUAUAUGAGUGUGCCCUGCUCAAGUGAUGUCCUUGAGAACAGCCCUAAAAUAAGUCACCACCUGCCCCCAAAACCACAAAGUGAGUUCAAAAAAGAACAAAGGAAAAUAUGUCUAGGCUGACUUGAAUUAUUGAGUGUGCUGUGCCGCAUGACACUAUCUUCACGUUCAAAGGGUUUCUGGAAAUGGAAAGUUUUCACCCAGCAACUAUGAGAAAGGAACCCGUGUGUCCCUGUGUGGGCCAUGUAUCACUUGGCCAAGUCAAUGGUUGUAAACAAAGUUAGUUGAGACAAAAUGUGUCAAAACUGUCAUUUGAGUUCCUAGGAUGUUUGUAAUAGCACACAACUCAAAACUCUUCACGUUUGUGGAUUUCCUUUAUCUCUGGCUGAUAAAACUAUCAAGGGUUGUGGCUUAUUUUAUUAUUAUUUUCUUUGGCUUUGUGCAAUUUUCUUGUAACUUUACUCGUAUCUACAUUUUCUGUUUACAGUUCUUUUUAAGGGGAGGGGUAGGGUCCUAAGAUCUCGUUUAUUGUAGAUAAAAAAAUUUUUUUCGUGUUGUAGAAAAGCAUGGGUUAUGCGUUUGACUGAAAAAGGCACUGUAUUAUUUACCAAAGGGGUAUUGUUUUUGCAUUUUUUUAUAAAUGCAUUAUUUUGGUACUGUAAAUUUGGACAUAAUUUCUGAGUUUAUUACUACUGGCAUUUUCUUUUUCCUUUUUUUUUUUUUCUUUUAACAGUAAGUGGGCAAUGCAGGUGCAUAGGUCCCAGACCAAACAAGACCACCAGCAUGUUCUUGUCCAAACCUGGGGAAUGGUGUGCACUGCUUUGUGCAGCUCAGUUCCUCUAAUGUUUUUAAUUCAGCAUCCUGCUUUGUUUUACUUUCCAAGCAAGAUAUGUUGAGAUUCCCAAUUGCAUUUUAAUAAGCUCACCCUUAUUUGCCUCUCUUAUGUAUUUUGUGUAUUAGAUUGUGCAGGAGGCUUCUAGAAGGCAUUAAUGGUUUGCAUUCAAAAUGUGGUUUGUCCAAAUUAUUUUCUGUCUUUAUUAUUGAGAUGGAUUAAUCUUAUUUUUUUCUUGAUGAUUUGAAGUUGUAAGAGUUGUCCAGCUAUUGCUUAAUAAAAUUUUACAGAUCAAAA